AUGUUUUGCUCCAUCUCUCUCCAUCCGGUUUUCUUCCUCAACUAUAUUCAUCGUUCUCUUUUUCCUCUAUCUCUUCCCUCCCCCUUCAUUUUCCCUAUUUCUCUCUCCAUUUUUUUCUCUCUCAUUUACUUACAACCUCUUUCUUUCUUUCUUUCUUUCUUUCUUUCUUUCUUUCUUUCUUUCUUUCUUGUUUUCGCGCUUUCUUUUCUUUCUUCGUUUCGGUUCUUUCUUUCUUUCAUCUCUUUCCCCUCUCUCUCUUUCUUCCUUUCUUUCUUCUUUUCGGUACUUUCUUUCCUCGUUUCGAUUAUUUAUUUCUUUCUUCAUUUCGGUUCUAUAUUUCUAUCUAUCUUUCUUUCUCUCGGUUCUUUUUCUUUCUUUCUUUCUUUUUUUCUUUUUUCUUUCUUAGUUUCUUUUCGUUUCUUUCUUUGUUUCCCGUUUCUCGCUCUCUCUUCUUGCUUUCUUUCUUUCUUUCUUCAUUUUAGUUCUUUCUUUCGUUUUUGUUUCGGUUCUUUCUUUCUUUCUCUCUUUCUCUCUUUCUCUCGGGUCUUUCUUUCUAAUUUUGCUUCUUUCUUUCUCUCUUAG